GAAGAAAAAGUAGAAUAUUACAACGUGAAACUGGAUCGUUAUAUAAAUCGAUUGAAGUCACCAGUUUCUAGCUUUUCGUCAUCUUCAAUUCGUAAUGACAAUGCGAUGUCUUUAGAUGAAUCUUCUAGUUCUAUGGUACGUAACGAACAUAUAAAUGUAAAUCUGGAUGCUGAGGAUGGCGAUAAUGUGUCUCACGGUGGUCGUGUUAAUAAUUCGGAUGAUUCACAUGAUUCUGUGCUACCUAAUGAUCUUGGACAGAAUUUUGCUAAUUUAUCGCUUUCGAAUACUUAUCGUCCGAUAAAAACUGAUCAGUUGCCUAGUUUCGAUGGAAAAUAUGCGAAUUGGAAUUCGUAUAAAAUUAUGAUCGAAAAUUUAUUGAUUAAGAAUGAUAUGAUUUCGGAGGAUUUAAAAAAAUCUAUGCUAUUGAAAACUGUGAAAAACGAACCGGAACGUAUAAUGUCAAUUUUAAUUGGUCAACGAUUGUCUUUAACAGAAAUUUGGUCUAAAAUCUGUGCAAAAUUUAAUGAUCCUCAGCGGGCCAUUUUGGAAAUAAAAAACGAUUUGAAAUUGAUACCAAAAAUUGAAUCUGAAAAUGAAGUCAACAAUUUGAAAAGAGCUAAAGAUAUUGUUGAAAGUGCUAAUCUUGCCAUUAAUAGCCUGGAAACGGAUGUUCGUUUCUACACAACAAAUUUGAUUCAAGCUGUUGCUGAAAAAUUUUAUUAUAAAGCACAACGUCGGAUGUUGGCAAAAAUAAAAACUUUUGAAGAAUUGGUUAAAUAUGUUGAUCAAAUUUAUGAAGAAGCUUUGCUUUAUGAUUAUAACAAAAUUAAGAAAAAUCCGUAUGAUGGUCAGAGAAAAUCUCUUAAUACAGCUGCAAUUUCGACUGAAUUGAAUUUGUGUCUUGUUUGUAAUAAGAAUCAUAAGAAUAAUUUUGAAUGUUUGAAGAAUUUUUCGAAAGAAGCUAUUGUGAACAUCAUCAAAACCAAAGGUUUAUGCUUUCGUUGUCUUCGAAGAGGCCAUACAGGACGAGAUUGUGAUAAGAUUACGGAAUUGGCUUGUGACAAAUGCUCGAGACGUCAUGCAUCAGAAUUACACGAUGUCGUUCAACAUUUUUUUCAAUCUAUUCCGAAAACGAUGUUAUCUAAUGAAACAAAUACGAAUGUGAAUAAGAAUUCGAGUCAACAAACUUCUGAACUGGGUUCAGUUGCCGCUAUUAAUGCUUUCGAUCAACCAGAAAAUAUUUUUGAAGUUGAAAACAUUUCGAAGCACGAAAAUAGACCUAUUAUUUAUGGCCUUUGUAAUGGCCAUAAUAGUACUAUGCUUUUGGAUAACGGGUCUAACAUUUCUUUGAUAGAUGAAGAUUUAGUAGUUGGUAAAGAUAAGAUCAAAUCCAAUAAUCGUAUAGUUUCAGCGUCUCCUUUAGGAGGAAUUGGUACUAGCAAUGGAAAAAUUUCUUUGAUCGUUCAGAAUAAUAUGACAAAAAUAAUUAUUGAUUUAUUUCCAGUGAAAAUGAAUGACAAGAAUUUGAUUAUUGUUGGCACAGAUAACUUGUCAUUCUUCUUUGAAGAUCGUCCUGAAUUUUUAGAAAUUCCUUCGAUUUUUGGGAAUAUUCGUUACAAAGUGAGAAAUAAUAUUAAUCAAACUUGUUGUGUUGCCGACGUUCUGAAUUCUUAUGAGUCUAUUGAAGAUGAAGAUGAAGAAGAUGUCGAUGAAAAAAUUUUGUUGUGUCGUACAGAUAAUGGUAGAUAUGAGGCGCGAUUACCUUUUUUGUCAGAAUUGCGUCCAAGUAAUAAUUUCAAAAAGGCUUUAAACGUAUUGAAAAAUUUGAACAAUCGUUUGAAAAAUCAACAGAUGUUAUCCGAAUAUGAAAAUCAGCUAAUGAAUUAUGUCAAUAAUGAUCAAGCGGAAGAAGUAGAUGAUCCCAAUGGUUACUUUUUGCCUCAUCAUCCAGUAUAUCGGGAUUCUUCUUCCACGCCAAUACGUGUAGUUUUCAAUGGAUCGUUUGGUUUUGAUGCAAUUAAUAAGUUUCUUUGGAAGGGUGAAGCUCGUGGGCUUGACAUCUUUGAACAUUUGAUUGGUUUCCGCAAAAAUAAAUUCGCGGUUACUGCCGAUUUAUCAAAGGCUUUUUUGCAAAUAAUGAUCCAUCCAGAUGAUCGGAAAUUUUUGAAAUUUAUGUGGAUUAAUUCUGAAGAUCAAUUGAAAAUUUAUCAGAUGAAAGUAUUACCAUUUGGUUUGAUCUCUUCUCCGGCUAUCCUAACUAAUGUAACUCAGAAGUUACUUUGUGACGAGAAUUUGGAAGAUAUUGCUAAUUCAAUUUAUAUGGACGAUAUUAUUUGGACUUCGGAAUCGGAAUCAGAAUUAAUCUUUUCUAUUGAAAAAGUCAAAAUGUGUUUUCUCAAUGCUGGAUUUAUUUUGCAUAAAGUUCAUUCAAAUAGUGAAAUGUUGACUUCUAAAUUUCAAUCUGAUUAUAGUGAAGAAACGAAAGUUCUUGGUACUAUUUGGAAUACCAAUGAAGACACUAUUUCUAAUGUCUUUCCUAAAUGGAAUCCUGUAAAAACUAGAAGGGAUCUUUUAGCUAUCAUUGGGAAAUUUUUUGAUCCUUACGGAUUUCUUGAUCCAUGGAAACUUAAAUUACGAUUAUUGUACCGCCAGACGAUUCAUCUUGAUUGGGACGCCCAAAUUCCGAAUGAUAUAAUUGAACAAGUAGAAAAUCAUUUAAUUGAUGCAGAGAAAUUAUCUGAUUUAAAAAUGAAUCGUUAUUUACCGGCUGAUGGUGAAAUAUAUGGCUUUUCGGACGCUUCUGCUUCAGCUUAUGGUUAUGUUAUUUACAUUCGGAAGAAUGAGCAAAUGCAUUUCUUAUUUGGAAAAGCUAAAUUAGCUCCGAGUAAGGCUCAAUCUAUUGUCGAACUAGAACUGAGAGCCUUAUAUGAACUUGGUAAAAUUUUAUAUCGAAUUCAUUCCAUUUUUACGGGACCAAUAUCCAUUUGGUCGGAUUCAAAAGUGAAUUUAUAUCGAUUUAAUUCUUCGCCGAACGAUCAAAAUCGAAAAGUAGCUUCUCAAUUAAUGAAAACUAUGAAAAUUAUUAAUGAUUUGAACAUUUUAUUACGUCACGUUAAUGGUUCUAACAAUCCGGCAGAUUUAUUCAGUAGAAUUACUAAUACUAAACAAUUUUUGAAAAAAUUUGUUUAA